AUGGGUGCUGCGGGCUCCAAACUCGAGAAGGCUCUCGGCGACCAGUUCCCCGAAGGCGAGCGAUAUUUCGGCCUCGAGAAUUUCGGGAACACUUGCUAUUGUAACAGCGUUUUGCAGGCACUUUAUUUUUGUGUUCCAUUUCGUGAACAGUUGCUUGAAUAUUAUUCCAGCAACAAAAGUACUGGGGAUGCAGAAGAAAAUCUCUUGACAUGCUUAGCGGACUUGUUUACACAGAUAAGUUCCCAGAAGAAGAAAACAGGUGUCAUUGCUCCAAAGCGUUUCGUUCAGAGAUUGAAGAAACAAAAUGAGCUUUUCCGUAGCUAUAUGCACCAGGAUGCUCAUGAGUUCUUAAAUUUUUUGCUUAAUGAACUUGUUGACAUACUGGAGAAAGAAGCCCAAGCAGCAAAAAGUGAUCAAGAAACUUCUUCACCUCCUGAAAAGAUGGUAAAUGGUCCAAAGAAUGCUCAGGCCAAUGGUUCUCAUAAAGAUCCCUUAGUUACCUGGGUGCACAAAAAUUUUCAGGGAAUACUCACCAAUGAAACGAGGUGCUUACGGUGUGAGACAGUGACUGCAAGAGAUGAAACAUUUUUUGACUUAAGCCUGGAUAUUGAACAGAACAGUUCAAUUACAAGCUGUUUGAAAAACUUCAGUUCGACAGAGACAUUGAAUGCUGAGGACAAAUUCUUUUGCGACAAGUGCUGCAGCUUGCAAGAAGCGCAGAAGAGAAUGAAGAUAAAAAAGCCACCUCACAUCCUGGUCAUCCAUUUGAAGCGAUUUAAGUACAUCGAGCAGCUUGGCCGUUACAAGAAGCUAUCUUAUCGGGUUGUAUUCCCGCUUGAACUGAAGCUGAGUAACACGGUUGAAGAUGCAGAAUCCGAGUAUUCUCUGUUUGCCGUUGUUGUCCAUGUCGGAAGUGGGCCAAACCACGGACACUAUGUUAGCCUUGUGAAAAGCCAUAACCACUGGUUAUUUUUUGAUGACGAAAACGUGGAGAUGAUUGAUGAGUCUGCUGUGCAAACUUUCUUUGGAUCAGCGCAGGAGUAUUCAAGUAAUACAGAUCAUGGAUACAUCUUGUUCUACGAGAGCCUCGGCACCAGUAACAAGAGUUAA